CUUUUGGCCCUUCUUUCUGUUCUGCAGCUCCCAUGGAAUGAAACUGGAGAGACCUGGCAAGCUGAGCUGGGGAAGAGAGAUCCAGAGGGAUGGAGAAACAAGGAGAAAAGGUGGUCCACCCUCUGUGCUAAAGGCCCGAUCUCAUGAAGAUACCAUGGGGCACCCAGACUGUCUACCAAGUUUCAGGCCAGUACCAUCAAGAAGCCAAACCUGGGCCCCGCCCCCCCAAGAAAGAAGAUGGGACCCAAACCUGAACUCACAGAGGACCAGAAACAAGAAAUUAGAGAGGCAUUUGAUCUCUUUGAUACAGAUGGAACCGGGACAAUAGAUGUUAAGGAGCUCAAGGUGGCCAUGAGAGCUCUGGGCUUCGAACCCAAGAAAGAAGAGAUCAAAAAAAUGAUAUCUGACAUUGACAAGGAAGGGACAGGGAAAAUCAGUUUCAAUGACUUCUUGGCUGUGAUGACUCAAAAAAUGGCUGAAAAGGAUACCAAAGAAGAAAUUCUGAAGGCUUUCAGACUCUUCGAUGAUGAUGAAACUGGAAAAAUCUCCUUCAAGAACUUAAAGCGUGUGGCCAGAGAGCUAGGGGAAAAUCUCACUGAUGAAGAACUGCAGGAAAUGAUUGAUGAAGCUGAUCGAGAUGGAGAUGGGGAAGUCAACGAACAGGAGUUCCUGCGGAUCAUGAAAAAGACCAGUCUCUACUGAGGUCAAUAUCUGUUCCCCUUUUGCAGGCACAUAUAAGUAGAUUUACUGGUUCCGAAGGUUCCUUAUGUUUUCAUUUUUCGAGGCAUCACUACAGUGCACAGAGGCUGAUUUUCCCCCUCCUUUAAUUUAUCUAGAUACUUAUGUUGGUAAACGCCUGAUUCAAUUUUAUGUUUUCUAAAGAAUUCUAAAAACAUCACAGUUAUAUAUAAAAUACCUUGUCAAUGGAUUUUCCAAUUCAGAGCCCGCUAGGCUUAAGGAUGGGGGCCUAUUCCCCCCCCCCCCUUUUGCUUGGCAUCUCUUCUUUCAUUCAUUAAUAUUACACCAAACCCCAGAGCAAAAUCCAAGUGUUAUGGCCACCAAAGUGGGAACAAAGAAUAUCUCCUUUAAGGUGCUGGUUCCCUAAUCACCUUGUUUCCAUCAUCUCUUCCCCCUGCCAUGCUCAGGUGUAUGAUACAGCAGGACCAUGUAAUUGGCUUGUAGGCUACCAUUCCAGGCCAUUUUCCCCUCCCUCUUCCAUUCACCCUUUGAUUUUCAUUGACUUAGCUCUUUUAAGAAGAAACUAGCUUACCAACUUCUUUGUUGUGCCUGGAAACACACUGGUGUAUUUAUUGUGUUGUGGUGGGCUUGGAAUGUUCCAUGGCAUCAUCUUCUCCAGCCAAAUCUGGAGUGACUGCAUCUAGCUCAUCCACUCAUCCUGGCAAAUGCUUUUUCCUUUUCCCAGGCCAGGCCACCAAAUGAAAAAAGCUAAAUGUAAUGUUAGCCUAAGAAAAUCAUAAAUAGCAUAGGUUGGCUUAAUACUAAUGUUUAAAAAACACACAAAUAAGCAUUUCCUUAGUUCAUAAGCUUUAAGGGCUUAGUUGCUUUGAAAAUUGGGGUGGGUGGGUUGGGUUGGGUCGUGUUUCAAGUAUUUAGCAAAGCUCUUUUCCCUUUCCCCUGCUUGGAAGGAAGGGAACUGGCUGUUGUUGUCUUCAUUAGAAAUCUAAUGUAACCGUGGCCAUUUUCUACUGAUUUUGUCACAAGUUCCUCUUUACUGGUUAGCUCUAAGAACCUUUGGUUCUUAUUAGUCCAUGACUUUCUCCUCCUCAGAUGUAUGGACACUGACCACCGAGUGUCCCACGUGGGUAGUUUGACACUGCUUUGUAACUCCCAGUGGUCUGUUCUGUGUUGAUGCUAUUUAUUUUCUCUGUUGUGAAUAAAGUCUUUCUUGUUUUAAA